AUGUGGCUGCACCGCUUCGCUUCGUCUCGAUGUGCUCGAGGCCACGCUUGGACAGGAUGCAGAAUCUACAACAAGAUGCACCCUCCGCAAGGAAUGAAGCACUUGGUACUGGCAAGGUUCAGUGCUAGUCCAAGCCAGCCCGCAAGUGAUGACAAGGAGAGAACUACUGCAUCGUUGCCUCAGCUCUGGCAGAUUCUUCGCCCUGAGCGGGGGCGGCUCCAGUUGGCACUUGCGGCGUUGUGCGCAUCAUCUUCCGUCAACUUGUCGUACCCCUACAUGGUGGGCAAGCUGGUAGACCUGUUCGGGCAAGGUGCAGACGGUCUUCAGUUUGUUAUGGAUCACACUUGGCUCUGUGCCGGAGUCAUGGUGGCAGGCGGUUUUGCAACAUUUUGCAGGCUGUAUCUGAUUGAGACGGCCAUUGAAAGAAUAGCGUUCCGCCUGCGGCGCGAAUUCUUUUGGGCACUGAUUCAACGGCCGAUCGCCUUCUUCGACGGGAACAAAACGGGUGAACUCGUAAACCGUUUGGGCAACGACAUCACCAUGACCAGCCGUGUCCUCAUCGACGCCUCCGCCGGGAUCCGAAGCUGCAUCACCGCCUGUGUCGGCACCUGCAUGGUAUUCCAGCUGGCGCCCACAGAAAUGAUUCUCGGUCUCCUUACGCCUGUCGCUACCUUGUUCGUCGUCGGAUUUGGAUAUGGGCGCGUUGUCCGCCGUAUUGCCGAGAAGCGUCAGCAGAGAUUGGCAGAGGCAGUUCAGCGUGCGGAGGAAAGACUGGGUGGAAUUCGGACAGUGAGGACAUUUAAUGCUGAGAAACGAGAGCUGGCUGGCUUUGAAAGACUGCUUGAUUCUGUGUAUGAAGCAGGCUGGCAGAACGCUUUGGCAAUGGGUGGCUUGUCCUGCUUCUUCGUGACAGGAGGCGGCUUGUUCCUGAUACACAUAAUUUACAACUGCGGGUUGAUGGUGACGAGUGGGGUUGUCAGUAUUGGGACGACCGUGAGCCUUGGCAUGUACUGCUUCAUGGCCGGCUCCGCGUACACUGGGAUCAUGACCUCAUAUGGAGAUAUACAGAAAUGCCUUGGGUCUUGUCAGAAGGUCUUGGAAAUCUUGUCUCAAAGCUCCGUGCAGCCAAUGUUGACAGACAGCAUAGUUUCUGCUGUCUCCCCAGCGCACCCACCCUUGGCCGUGAAGUUUGAAAGUGUUAGUUUCUCUUAUCCGACUAGGCCGACUCCGGUUCUUCAAAACUUGAGCCUGGACAUUCCUGCUGGUGCACGUGUGGCCUUGCUUGGGCGAAGUGGUUCCGGAAAGUCUACAGUCGCUUUGCUUCUGGCAGGCCUCUAUCCACCCAGCCAAGGGAAAAUCUUCGUAGACGAUCGCGAUAUGUAUGCUGACGACAGUACACCUUCCUGGGUGCGUUCACAGCUGGGUGUAAUUAGCCAAGAGCCAACACUUUUUGCUUUGACCAUCCGCGAAAAUGUUGAAUAUGGCGUGGACGGAGAGAACUUCCAGACCGAGGAGGCCUCGGAGGAGAAUUCGAGGUUGAUCCUGGAAGCCACAUCAGCCGCCCAUGUGAAUGAAUUCGCAGAGCAUCUUCCACUUGGCUUGGACACCCCUGCUGGAGAGCGAGGUCAAGCGUUGAGCGGGGGUCAGAAGCAGCGGGUUUGCAUCGCCCGUGCACUGGCGCGCAAGCCGAGAAUGUUGGUCUUCGACGAGGCAACAUCAGCUUUGGACCUCCGCUCCGAGCGUCUGGUGCACAAAGCCCUGAAAGAAGUUCUAUCUGCGGGAGACUGCACCUGCCUGGUCAUCACGCACCGGAUGAGUGCCCUCGAGUGGUGUGAUCGCGUGGCCGUGGUGCACGAAGGAAGUGUUGUUCAAUACGGUGAGAAGAAUGAAGUGCUGAACAAUCCGUGUGCUGCCUUGCAGAGCAUUCUGAGAAAUGAUGACCAUCUUCAUGUCCAAGAGACCUGA